AUGCACGGCGGCAAAAUCGUCUUGGCACUGAAACCUCCCAGGCAAAACGCGUCAAAGCCGUUGAGAAACGCGACGAAGCAUAAGACAACGGCAAAGUACACGAGAAAAGGCUGCAUCGGCGCCUUGUACGGCAGCGUGUUGCGGUCGAUCCGUUGGUACCGCAGGCACCGCGGGUUCUUCGUCUCGCCGGACGCGACGACGACCAUUUCGCUCCCGUCGCAAGAGAAGGUGGCUUGGAUGAAGACUUUCCAGAAGGCGAGGGAACGGCUGAGGGCGCCGGGCCGGAGGUACUCGUUCAUCGGCCCGGGGUCGUUCCAGUACCGGAAGCCGAUGGCGUCCCCGCUUGGCCCACCGCCCACGGUGAUGAUGAAUAGGAAGAUGACGAGCCCGACGAUCGUGGACGUUAGGAAAAGUAAGACCGAGGUCUUUGCCGGUCACCUUCUCGAUAAUGGUAUACUCCAGGGCACCAGCGACGUCGUCGGUGGUGGAGCCCAAAAGAGUGCCGAUAUCAUGAGCCAUUUGAAGCCCAUUGAGCUCGGAAAGAAAUACCCUAAGGCUGUCAAGGAGCUUGAGAUGCUUCAGAAGACUACCCACAAAACCUCCAAGCUCAAGUCCGCCAAAUGUUUCGAUAUGCAAAAGGGAAUGUCAGAGCUGCCUCCCGACGCAGUCAUCUUCUCCGUCGCCAUCCCGCCCGAGUUCUACAGUGAUCAAGAGCCCCUCGGAGUUCCGUUCGCCUCUAUGGAGAAGAGCCUCGGCAAGAUCCGCUACGACGCAGGCCCUCAUCCGCGGCAGGCCAAUCUCAAAGCGAUGAUCAAGCGCAACUUGGCCAGCGAUAAGUUCACCACGGAGUCUUUCGCUAUCAGAGAUUACGUAUACGACCAUAACUCUCGCCUAUUUCUCACCGAUGAAUCUAUGGACCUCUUCUGGUACUUGACCAACUUUUCCCCGGCCGGCGAUUACAUCACUGUCGACCUUUUUGACAACCUCCGGCCCCUCGUCGACGCUGUUGCCGAUCCACAGGCUGGGGGUGAAUGGUCUGACCGAUUAUGCUGCAUUCUCGACAAGCUUAUCCCAGACAUGAUGUACUAUAUCAAGCCACUCAACCACUUGAAGGCCAACGUCUCCUUCCUGGCUGGCUCUGAUGGCUGCGGUAAGACUAGGCUCCUGCGCUGCAUCCUCUCUUUCUCUUUCAUGGGUGUCAAGAAUGCAUCGUGCCCCACGCUGUAUGUUGUAACUGAAGAAUUUGACGUCUUGAAAAUCGCCAGAAAUUUGAACGCCUGGUUCGCCGGCUUCCGUCUCCAGCAUCCAGAGCAUCCAAUUUGCAUCCUCUACAUCGGGCCCUACCAUGUCAAGCUCAGCUCUCAGGAUGUUGCAGAGGAUGUCCCCGUUCAAGUAGGCCGUCGAAUCGUGGGCACAAAGGAGUUCUGGGAUAAGCCGCUGAGCCUGAUCGCCAACUUUGUCAGACAAUACCGAUACUGGACCAUGCAGAAACGUAAAGGCAAUACCAAGAAUCAGUCUCACCCCGAAAGCGACAUUGAAUACGUCUUCACCCUCAGCCAGCUCGGAGUCACUCACCUUAUAGCUCAUCAGAAGCAGCACAAAGACGUCCUUCGCUAG